UUCUGUCAAAGACAAAACGCCGGUCUUUUAUUUCUCGUUUUCCGCCCAGAAGUGUGCGUAUAGUUUCUACGCGGAAAAUUGGUAAAUGAUGGCAGCAAAUAAUUAUUUUGGGUUUACCCACGGAGGAACCCAAUACGGUGCGGCUACGGCUAGUGCGGCUUACGGCGGCCAGACGGGGUACGCCGUGGCGCCGGCUGCGACCGCCGCGACGUACGGGACUCAGCGCGCCGCAGCGACAGGAUACGACACUGCUUACCAAGCCGCGGCGGCUACGCAAGGUAAUCUCCAUGCGGCACACGCGCACGCUCACGCGGCGGCAGCGGCGGCUUCGGCUUACGACGCCAGCAAGAGUGCCUACUACCAGCAGGCAGCGGCCGCCUAUCCCACUGCUGCCCCGCCGCAGCCACAGCCGGCUUACGACACCACCGCCAAGCCGGCCUACUCCACACCUGCUACAUACGCUCAGCAGUAUGGGCAGGGCGGCGCGCGCGGCGGCGGCGGCGCCAAGGCCACGUACGGCAGCGUGUACACCGCCACCACGGCCGCCGCGUCCUACCCCAGCCAGCCCUACACGGCGCCCGCGGCGCAGCCCGCCAAGCAGACGGCUAACAGGGGCAACUCUGCUUAUGAUACAGCUCUCUACAACGCAGCGAGCAUGUAUGUGGCGCAGCAGAACAAAACUGGCGGGGGCGGCAGCGGCUGGAAGAACUACAACAAGACUGGCGUGGGCGCCACUCCGCAGCGGCGACCCAAGCCGCAGCCCAAGGCGCAACAACUGCACUACUGCGAUGUUUGUCGCAUCUCGUGCGCCGGCCCACAGACCUACAAGGAGCACUUGGAAGGGCAGAAGCACAAGAAGAAGGAAGCGGCCGUGAAGGUGGCGGCGGCGGGCGGCGGCGCGGGCGCGCGCGCGUGCGGCGCGUCGGCGCUGCGCUGCGAGCUGUGUGACGUCACGUGCACGGGCGCGGACGCGUACGCGGCGCACGUGCGCGGCAUCAAGCACCAGAAGGUGGUCAAGCUGCACACCAUGCUGGGCAAGCCCAUCCCCUCCACCGAGCCCACCAAGCUGACGCCGGCCAAAAAGACGGUCGCGGGCGCGCCCAAGGUGUCGUUCGUGGCGUCGGGCGGGCUCAGCACCGUGGCCUCAAGCGUCGCGCGGCCCGCAGACAAGGAGGACGACAAGGCGGCCGACGACGACGACGCGGAGCCCGAGGUGCAGCCCGUGGGGCAGGACUACAUCGAGGAGAUCCGCGGCGACGACGGCAAGGCGCUGAGCUUCAACUGCAAGCUGUGCGACUGCAAGUUCAACGACCCCAACGCCAAGGAGAUGCACAUGAAGGGCCGCCGCCACCGCCUGCAGUACAAGAAGAAGGUGCAACCGGACUUAGAGGUGAAGGUGAAGCCUUCGAUGCACCAACGCAAGCUGGCGGAAGCUAAAGCACAGCGCAUGAUGGUGCGGGACGAGCUAUGGGCUCGCCGUCGCAUGCAUGAGUCCGGGGAAGAAGACGAGCGCGCGUACUGGGAGGGAGCCGACUGGUGGCGCGGCGGCCCGCACCACCACCACCACGCCCAUCAGGGCAUGGGCAUGGGCUACGGGCCGGUGGGCCGGCGCCCCGAGACGUCGGACGACAGGCACGUGCUCGCCAAGCACGCGGACAUCUACCCGCCCGAGCAGCAGCUGCAGGAAAUACAACGCGCCGUGUCGCACACCGAGAAGGCUCUCAAGUCACUGUCCGACGCGUUGGCGGAUCACGGCCGACCUAAGGGUAUACCAGCUAAGGCGGUAAUUAUCAAAACUGAGGACAAAAAAGACGAUAAGCCAGAGGGAAAAGAAGACGGUCGGGAUAACCAAUUGUUCUCGUUCGUGGGCGAGGGCGAGGCGGCGCCGGGCGGCGGCGAGGCGGCGGGCGCGCCGGCCGGGCCGGGCGUGCGCGCGCUCAAGGGCGUCAUGCGCGUGGGGCUGCUGGCCAAGGGGCUGCUGCUGCGCGGCGACCGCGACGUGCGCCUCGUGGUGCUGUGCCACGACCGCCCCACCAUCACGCUGCUCAAGCGCGCGGCGGCCGACCUGCCGCACCACCUCAACAAGGUCAAGGGUCCCAACGAGGAUACCAAAUACAAAGUAGAACUGCAGCCAGCGGAAGGCGCCGUGCAAGUGUCGGACGGCACGGUCAACGUUCUCGUCAGCCUCACCUCCGCCGUGAUGCGGGAGCCCGCAGAGGGCGGCGACAUAAAGCGAGACGACAAGGACGUGCUUCCGCGGCAGAAGUGUUUGGACGCGUUGGCCGCCCUUCGGCACGCCAAGUGGUUCCAGGCUAGAGCGGCGAGCCUGCAGUCGUGCGUCAUCAUCAUCCGCAUCAUGCGCGACCUGUGCCGCCGCAUCCCCAACUGGACGCCGCUCAACCCUUACGCCAUGGAGCUGCUGGUGUCGGGCGUCAUGCAGUCGGCCAACGGCGCGCUGUCGCCCGGCGAGGCGCUGCGCCGCGUCAUGGAGGCGCUGGCCGGCGGCCUCAUCCUGGAGCACGGGCCCGGCCUGCGCGACCCCUGCGAGAAGGAGCUCGUGGACGCCCUUGGCAACAUGCCUGCACAGAAACGGGAGGACAUGACUGCAUCAGCGCAACAGUUCCUGAGACAAAUAGCCUUUAGACAAAUUCACAAGGUGCUGGACAUGGAGCCGCUACCGAAGGUGAAGCACGUGACGGGCGGCUGGAAGUUCCCGCGCAAGCGCAGGCGCUCCAACACCGACGCCGACCAGGACACGCCCAACGGUGAGGGCAAGGUGGUCAAGACAGAAGAGAAGACCGACGCAUCCGAGAACAGCUCGAAUGCGAAGAAGUAGCGCAUUUAGUAUAGCCCCUUAUGUGUGAGACUGUCUCGCAACGUUGGGGCUAGCUAUAGCAUCGGAAAAAAAGAAAAGCAAUCUGAAAUUUGAUAGUGAAUAUUAUAUAUUAUUAUUUUCCAAAAAAUAUUUUCUAAGAUAUACAAGAUUGUAUAUUAAAUCAGUUUUAGGUGAGAAAAUGCAACUCUAGAACACGACACGCAAUAGUCCUCAUCGGCACGCGACUCUCCUCGCGUGAAAUAUAUUUUGUGUACCGCGUUUUGUCACACAAACUUGUAUAAAUAUUAUUUUUGUGGCAUUGAUCGAUCUGUCCAAAACUACAUUAUAUUAUGAAUAAAUAACAAAGUAGUUUAUGAAACUUUCAUACUACCUAGUUAUGUUAGUUUCAUACAAUACUUCAUCUAAACUCAUAAUUUAAAAUCCUCAAAACUCGGUAAAUAAUAAAUUAAUAUUAUAAUGAUGGCUUCUUAAUUCAGCAAUCUCCAUAUAUAAUGCAACUAACACUUACAAUCGCUUCGGUGUAUUUUGGAUUAUUAAUAAGCAUUAUUUUCAAUGCUUUUAAUAUAUAUUUUUACAUAAUAGAAAAAAAUAUCAUCACUAUUUUUGAAUUAAACACAAGGAUUUUAAGAUAUGAGUUCAGAUAGUUUUAGUCCAGAGUUGGAGGUAGUAUUUUAAAAUUAGUUAGUAUAGGAUACGAGCUAUAUUGUAAUUAGUGUCUAAUUUAAGGGGAAGAUUUGACAGGGAUAGCGAAUUGUUUAGGCAGGGGCGCAACGUUAGCUCCAGGAGGAGGACAAAGAUGGUCAUAGAUAAGUUUGU